AUGCUAUUCCCCGAGGAGGACGCGCAACUGCUUAAGGCGUGGAUUGUGAAGCGCAUAGAAAACACAUCAGAUGCCGACUCGGACGUACUUGCGGAAUACGUGAUUGCGCUGCUGAAGCAUGAUGGGGAUAAGGAGAGUGUGAGGAAGCUGUGUGAGCAGGAGAUUCCGGACUUUCUCACAGAGGAUCCUAAGGCUUUCCUAGACGACGUCUUCCAGGCCAUCACGUACAGGUCAUACCUCCCCGGUGCACAUCCCCCGCCGAAACCUGCAGAUCCUCUUCCCUCAUUACAAAACAAAAGCCCGGAAUCCUCACGUAAGCGACGCUUAGAAGAAUCCGGUCCUUCAGACGAUCCUGAACAGAAUGGUCCUCAAGGUGGACGCGCAUUCAAGCAGCCUCGAAAGGGACGGCGCGGCCGCGAGGAUAGAGCUGAUAGAAAUUCAAACGGCUAUGGCAUGAUGAUGAUGCCACCCUUCGAUCCGAAUAAUCCCAUGGAGGCGAUGAUGCAGAUGCAAGCCAUGGGGUUACCGUGGCCAGCAAUGCCAGGACAGCAAGGCUGGGGAUUUGGUGGUGGUGCUGUAGGAAGAGGGGGUCAGAGGAAGAAGGGGAGAGGGAGGUGUAGAGAUUUCGACACUAAGGGUUUUUGUGCGAGGGGAAGCACAUGUGUUUAUGAUCAUGGCAAUGGCGGCGGCGAUGGGGGAGAUGAAUACGAUCCCAGUAACGCCAUGAUCAAACCACUUAAUCCCGAGACGCCAUCUCGUGGCCGCAAAGGGAAGCGAGGAGGGCGCAAAGGCGGCUCACGAGCGCCAUUUUCCGCUGAAGGUGCUGUAAAUGAUCGCUCAAAGAGCACCAUCGUCGUCGAGAAUAUCCCCGAAGAGCAUUUUAGCGAGGGCAAGGUCAAGGAAUUUUUUGCACAGUUCGGAAACAUUGUCGACGUAUCAAUGCAGCCCUACAAGCAUCUAGCGAUUGUAAAGUACGACAAGUGGGCGGCAGCCAAUGACGCAUACCGCUCUCCAAAAGUUGUAUUCGACAACCGAUUCGUCAAAAUUUUCUGGUACAAGGAUGAGAAGGACAAGCUGCCGGCGUCAGUUUCAAAUAACCCCAGCUUCAAACCCGGCUCUGGACUAGACGAAAUGGACGCCGAGCCGGAACUUGACAUGGAAGAGUUCCAACGGAAACAGGAGGAGGCGCAGAAGCAGCACCAGGAACGGGAAGACAAGCGCAGCGAACUGGAAAAGAAACGGCUGGAACUGGAAAAGCAGCAGCAAGAUCUAUUGGCCAAACACCAAGCUGAGUCAGAACGGUUACGGGCCAAGCUGGCGGGGAAGGAUGGCGGCUCCGAGACAACUGGUUCCUCGGGGACUGAUAUGCUCAGGGCCAAACUCGCUGCACUGGAACAAGAAGCCAAGAUACUUGGCAUUGAUCCCAACGCCGAAGUAGACUCGAGUGAAUAUCCAUCCCGGGGUGGAUACAGAGGUCGGGGUUAUCGUGGGAGAGGAUUUGCGCCCAGGGGAAGGGGUGCCAUGCGAGGAACAGCAGGGAGGCAUGCUGCUUAUGCUCAGUUUUCCAUCGACAACCGCCCGAAGAAGCUGGCAAUAACGGGGGUCGAUUUCACACCAUCGGAAAAGGAUGAGCAACUCCGCCACUUCUUGCUGAACAUGGGUGAAUUCGAAUCCGUCGACUCGAACCCCUCCGUCACACACGUGUCCUUCCGAGACCGCAAAACCGCCGAAAGGUUCUACUACUCACUUCAUGGGAACGAACUGCCCGGUGUGGAAGGCAAGCUUGAGCUGUCGUGGGUGAAUUCGCCGCUUGCCCCGGUGAACUUGAAGAAGUCGGCGCACGAGGAGGGCGGGACCGUCAUGCCGGGGGAUGCAAUGGCCGGCAUGGAUGAUGCCAGGGAGGAAGGGGAGGUGCGCGAGAAGGAGAGGGAUGCCAAUGCUACACCCGUGAAUAUGGAUUACGAGGUGGGCGACUAUGGAUGGGAGUAG